AUGGCACAAAAGUGGUAUCUAAACAAAGAAGAGUUGAAGAACUCUCCAAGCUCCAAGGAUGGCAUCAGCGCGGAGAAGGAGUUAGACCACAAACAACAAGCCGCUUACCUAAUAAACGACUUGGGCAAGCGGCUAAAAUUAUCAGAAGUCUGUGUGCAUACUGCCAUUGUGUACAUGCACAGAUUUUUAAUCCAUCAUUCAUUGGGCAAGUUUCACCGAUAUGAAAUUGCAACGGCGGCGAUUUUUGUGGCGGCAAAGGUCGAAGAAGAGCCACAAAAAUCGAAGGCAGUCAUAAAUGCUCUUCAUAUCUGCCUAAACAAGAACAAGGAUCACCAACUGGACACUACUUCUGCCGAGUACCAGGAGAAGGUCAAGGCACUAAUACCAAAUGAGCGAAUUCUUCUGGCAACACUAGGAUUUAAGAUGGGGGUUAAUCACCCUCAUCAUUACAUCAAGAAAUUCUGCAGGGAAAUAAAAGCUUGCAAAGAAUUAUGCAAGAUUUUUCUGCAGGUGGCAAACUAUACCUUACAGAUGACGUCAAUGUGCGUGAAAUAUAAACCAGCAGUUGUGGCAUCGUAUUGUAUUUAUUUUACCAUCCAAUCGUCGCAGUGGAAGAUUCCUGAAGUCAUAGACGGGAAUCUUUGGUUUUGGCUGCUGGAUACGAAAGUGACCUUCGACCUGCUGAUAAAGAUGGACAGGGAGUUUAAAGCAGUUUUAGAUAAAAUGUCACCCAGAAUAAAAAACCGGGUGAUGCGAUUAUUUAAAAAUCCAUCUGUCAAAAUGAUUGCAAUGAAUCGGAUAGCGACGACCCCCAGCUCAUCGGAUCCAGAAAAUGUUUCCAGUAAACCUGAAGUCGAGAAAUCAAAGACUCGACAAAAAAUCAGCUAUCACGAGUAUUGUGAUAGACUGAUGAAGAAAAAAUCUGCGGAUUCAGAUGGAUCAUCAACUUCUUCACCUCAAGCUGAUGGGGAAGUUCAAGAUGAUUCCGUUGGAAGUACCAGCCAACUUUUACCCUCAACUGAAGCGGAUUUGGACGCAACAAUCGGAGGCCUGGGAAACUGCAGCCGUAAGCGUCAAAAUAAUUAUGAUAUGGGCAGUAUGUUGUGUUCUGCUAAAAGACGUAAGCUGUUGUAG